UACAGAUAGUUUAACUAUUAAAAAAUAAUAAUGAAUAAUAAAAAGAAACGAAGUGGAGCAGAGAAUCGAAGUAUUAAGAAAAAAAAAGCAAAUGAAGACGUACAAUUGUCAAAACAAAUGAAAGACUGGUUUUCUAAAGGUUCUGUUUUAGAUGAAAAAUCGACUGAAUUAGUGUCAAACUUGAAAGAAUAUCAAGAAGAUAAAGAAGAAAAUUCCGGUGAUUCAAAUGACUCAUUUAAUAAUAAGACAAUAUUAGUAGGUGAAGAAAUUGAAACUUGUGUUAGUUCUAUUACAACAAAAUCAAGUGAAAUAAUUCAGGAUAUUCGUGAACCUACAUCUUCUUCAACUAGUUUUGAAACAUUCUUUCAACUUAUAAAUUGUAACGAUCCACCUUCUUGGCCCCCCAAUUACGGAUAG